GGAGGAGGAGGAGGAGAGAAGGAUGGGCCUCGAUCACAGACUUGCAAUGGCACUGCCAAUCUUGGAUUAAAACAGUAUGCUGGAUAAGAGCGAGGUGACAACGCUAGGCCUUCCCCCCACCACCAGCCAUGGUGGCUCUGACAGUAACAUCAGUGUGGACGGCGCAGGGGCAGCGGCUGGGCUUGCAGCAGGGGGAGCGGAGGGGUCAGGGGUCGGUGAGCCUCAGCGGACACGUGCUGCCCUGGAGCACCUGCAGCAGAAGAUCCUGAAGAUCACUGAGCAGAUUCGUGUGGAGCAGGAGGCCCGUGAUGACAACGUGGCAGAGUACCUGAAGUUAGCUCACAACGCAGACAAGCAGCAGGCCUCACGGAUCAAGCAGGUGUUUGAGAAGAAGAACCAGAAGUCGGCGCAGACCAUCGCCCAUUUACACAAGAAAUUAGAGCACUAUCAUAAGAAGUUAAAGGAGAUAGAACAGAAUGGACCAGCCCGGCAGCCUAAAGAUGUCCUGCGGGACAUGCAACAAGGUUUAAAAGACGUUGGAGCAAAUGUUCGUGCUGGGAUAAGUGGCUUUGGUGGAGGAGUGGUUGAAGGAGUCAAAGGAGGGGUCUCUGCCCUCACCCACACAGCUGUGGUGUCCAAGCCAAGAGAGUUUGCCAGUCUUAUCCGCAACAAGUUCGGCAGUGCGGAUAACAUCGCUCACCUAAAAGACACACUAGAGGACGGGGUCGGGGGGCACUCCGAGGAUACACCCACACCCCGUGCCCUGAGCGGCAGCGCCACACUGGUGUCCAGCCCAAAGUACGGCAGCGACGACGAGUGUUCCAGCGCCACUUCCGGCUCUGCAGCAGGCAGCAAUUCUGGUGGGGCUGGGGGAGGGGGAGGGAUGUCGGGGCUUGGGCCGACGAUGGGGAGUCCCAGACUAGAUGGGCACCACCACCACCAUCAUCACAUGCACAGUUCCUGGGACACUCUGCUGGAGGGCCUGCAGGAGAUUAAGGCCAGCCAGGCGCACAUGGAGGAUGCAAUUGAGGACAUGAAGGGCCAGCUGCAGAGUGAUUACUCCUACAUGACCCAGUGCCUGCAAGAGGAGAGAUACAGGUAUGAGCGACUGGAGGAGCAGCUGAAUGACUUAACAGAGCUGCACCAGAAUGAGAUGACCAACCUUAAACAGGAACUGGCCAGCAUGGAGGAGAAAGUGGCCUACCAGUCCUAUGAGAGAGCCAGAGACAUUCAGGAAGCUGUGGAGUCAUGUCUGACCCGCAUCACCAAGUUGGAGCUGCAGCAGCAACAGCAGCAGGUCGUCCAGUUGGAGGGAGUGGAGAACGCCAAUGCUCGAGCUCUGCUGGGAAAACUCAUAAAUGUCAUCCUGGCCCUCAUGGCUGUGCUGCUGGUCUUCGUCUCCACUCUCGCCAACUUCAUCACGCCGCUCAUGAAGACCCGGGCCCGGGUGGCUGCCACCGUCCUCCUGACCCUGCUGCUGUUUGUCCUGUGGAAGCACUGGGACUUCUUGGAGCUGUGGCUGCUGCCCAGCUGAGCGGCCCGGCAGCCAGAUCAGAGAGAGACUUGAGCCUGAGGGGGUGGCAGAGCGGAGAGCCACAUAGCGAGUUGCUCUGCGCUCAAUCACCACCACUAUGGAUUCAGUGACAGAAAUAGAAUCAGAGCCACUGCACUUUGAGUUUAAAGGCAGAGUAACUGUGCUAAUAAGAGCUGCAAGGGACUGAAGAUAAUCACUGUGGACAGAAAGUGGCUGGAGCAUGUCCGGAGAGUCCUGCUGUGGUGUAAAAGAACAGAAAUCCUCUGCCUGCCAAACGACAAAUGACAUUCUCCCAUCUUGCCCAGUCUAUCGGUGUUGAUGACUUAACCAUUGAUUGCAUUGCUGUCACCAAAAUGGAGUUUCUUGCAACAACUCUUUGGAACGUCUUUUUCUAAUAAUUUAUGAUACAUGAAUUACAAGGACUAGAGCAAAUUAUAAUGACUUCUGUAAAAUGCCGAUCAUGUUUGCUGUAAACUUCAUGUUGAAGCUAUAGUAGCCUAUAUUUGAGAGAAAAGGACUUUUCAUUUUCAUGAAUGUUGACUAUGUGCUCAUGCAUGUCCUCAUAUGUGCAUUGAGAUGCAUCUAGCUAGCAUGAGUUGACAUUUCAUUGCAAAGAAAGUUCAUUUUCUUCUAUCUGCCAUUGUCAGGACUACAGUGCAAAUAUGUUGUAUCCAAACUCUCCUUUUUUGUUUCCAGCACACUCCCUGUUCUGGUGUUGAAGCAGUGCUUGUAGAGGCAUUUCUUUUGUCUGUUUUGUGUGUUUGAAUGAACAGUUUUCAGAUAGACUGUUACCUGCUAAAAUUGAUCAGAAUAACUCGGUUUUGUAAAAUCUCUAAUGUCCAUCAGUGCUAUUUCAUACCCACUAUUGUAGAACAGCAAAUAUCCUAUCAGUGACAAUUUCACUGGCAUGUCAAAUCAUUGUCUCCAAGUUUAUAUCCAGUUUGCAAAAUUCGCUAUUACUGUUUUAUUCUUAAUAAAGGAUUUCUUAUAUUAGGCUCAUCUUGAAUAUCUUAUCCUCGUAUUACUGAGAUUUACCUUUUUAAAAAACCUUUUGAACUAUUUGAGAUUGGGGUGUUUAGACAAGACACAACUUUCAUAUCUUAGUUUGAAAAAUAGUAGUUACAAUAGCGGAAAUUCUUAACUUGUUUGCUAAAUACUGUCAAAUAAAAUAAGAAAUAGAUGAUACUAAUAAACAAAACUAAUCAUUUCAAAUACAUACUUUCAAAUAAAUACUACAUCAACAUGGAUAUACAACUGACUGCUGACUUGAGCUUUCCCUCUCAGCACUUCAGUAACUGAACUGCUUUUAAUAAGUAACUAUUUAAUAACUAAUUUAAUGGGACAUUUAAUAUCAUUAUCUAUUGAAUUAUAAAUUCAUUUUAUGUCUUCAGGAACGAAGUAUAGGAUUAUCACUGGGACAAGCCAGAUCAUCCAUAUUUUUUUAGUCAUGACAGAGCUAUACAGGAAGACUUGAAGCUUAUCCUUGUGCCCAUAGGGUUAUAAUGUCUGUAUAGACAAUAGGGCAGACCCAU